AUGGAAACCGAGGAACAUCCCGCCAUAGACGUAUGUCCCCCGGCAGCAGCGGACCCUGGCUCGGACUCGGCUCCCUCGGUCCAGAACACGCUCCCUCACUUCCUCCAGGAGCCAGAGGACGCCUACAUCGUCAAGAGUAACCCCAUCAAGCUCCGGUGCAGGGCCGCUCCCGCCUUACAGAUCUUCUUCAAGUGCAAUGGAGAGUGGGUGCACCAGAACGAGCACUUCUCCCACGAGUACAAAGAUCUCAACACCGGGCUGAAGGUGCGUGAGGUGAUGAUCAACGUGUCCCGGCAGCAGGUGGAGGACUUCCAUGGGCCUGAGGAUUACUGGUGCCUCUGCGUCGCCUGGAGCCAUUUAGGAACGUCCAAAAGCAGGAAAGCCUCUGUCCGCAUCGCAUACCUCCGGAAGAACUUCGAGGAGGACCCCCAGGGCAAAGAGGUCCCCAUCAACGGCAUGAUCGUUCUGCACUGCCGCCCGCCCGAGGGAGUACCCGUGGCUGAGGUGGAGUGGAUGAAGAACGAUGAGCUGCUCCACCCCGACGAGAGCACCGACCUCCGCGCUGACCACAACCUCAUCAUCAGCCAGGCCCGUCUCUCCCACUCCGGAAACUACACCUGCCUCGCCUCCAACAUCGUGGCCAAGAGACGCAGCGCAACAGCCGCAGUCAUAGUCUUUGUGAACGGCGGCUGGUCACUGUGGACAGAGUGGUCGGCGUGCAAUGUGCCGUGUGGGCGGGGCAUACAGAAGAGGUCGAGGACGUGCACUAACCCCGCCCCCCUGAACGGUGGAGCCUUCUGUGAGGGCAUGUCGGUGCAGAAGAUCACCUGCAAUGCUCUGUGUCCUGUUGACGGCGGCUGGGACGAGUGGAGUGAGUGGACGGUGUGCAGCAGUCAGUGUGAGAGACAGCGCAGUCGUGAGUGUAACUCUCCAGCCCCACGGCACAGAGGCAAGAUGUGUGAGGGGAGCAGCCAGGCCCACGAGAACUGCACCAACGGACUGUGCACACAGAAUCGAAAGCUCCUACAUGACGUUAAACCUGAAAGUAUGGACAGCUCCAACGACGUGGCCCUGUACUCCGGCCUGGGCGCGGGCAUCAUCGCGGUGGCUAUCUUGGUGGUGGCAGUGAUGCUCUACAGGAAGAACCACAGCGAAUACGGGGUAGACGUGGACUCCUCUGCGCUCAGUGGGGGGUUCCAGUCUUUCAACUUCAAGACCACCAGACAAGGAAACGCUCUCCUCCUGAACUCCUCCAUCCAGCCGGACCUGACCGUGAGCAGAACCUACAGCACGCCUCUGUGUUUCCAGGACGGGGCGGAUAAGGAGCUGUUCGACCCCCUCCCCGACAUUAAGGUCAAAGUCCAGUCGUCCUUCAUGGUUUCUCUGGGAGUAGCCGAGCGGGCCGAGUACCACAACAAGCCCCCGUCGGACACCUACCCGAGGGACGUGAGCCGGGACUACAGCGGCACGGCGGAGCGGCGGAAGAAGGGCCUGAUGACUCUGAACGGGCCUGUGGGUUUGUGUAAGGAGCAGCAGAAGAUCAGCGGAGUGUUCGGCCACAACGGGGGACGCCUGGUGGUGCCUAAUACUGGAGUGAGUGUGCUGGUGCCUCACGGCGCUGUGCCUGAGGACAACACGUGGGACAUGUACAUGGCCAUCACUCCUCCAGAGGCCAGUCUGCAGACGCUGGAGGGCUGUGAGGUGCUCCUGGGCCCCGAGGUGACGUACGGGCCUCCUGGGUUAGAGCUGCUCAGUCCAGUGGCUCUGACCGUGGCUCACUGCGCAGAGAUGGACUCCGCCGAGCACUGGAACAUUCAACUCAAGAGGAGGACCCAGGACAGCAAGUGGGAGGAAGUGAUGACGGUGGACGAGGAGUGCACUUCCUGUUACUGCCUGAUGGACUCGGCGAGCUGUCACCUGCUGUUGGACGCACCAGGCUCGUACGCCCUGGUGGGGGAGCCGCUGAGCCAGGCCGCGGUCAAGAGGCUAAAGCUGGCAGUGUUUGGAGCUCUGGAGGGGCCCCUGAGCUACGGGCUGAGGGUCUACUGUGUGGACGACACGCCACACGCUUUUCAGGGAGUGGUGUGGGCGGAGCGGAGCAGAGGAGGUCAGCUGUUGGAGGAGCCUCAGACGUUGCCUUUCAGAGCGAGUUCCUUCAGUCUGCAGGUGUCCAUCCAGGACGUGCCCCACUUCCUCUGGAGCAUCAAGCCCUUUACCACAUGUCAGGAAUUCUCCUUCUCCCAAGUGUGGUGCAGUAACCAGUCCCCCCUGCACUGUGCCUUCUCCCUGGAGAGAUUCAGCCCGGCCACCGCACAGCUCUCCUGCAAAAUCAGCGUCAGGCAGGUCAAAGGUCACGAGCAGAUCCUGCAGGUCUACACGUGCGUGGCAGAGAGUGAAAAGGAGCCUUUGCCAUUCUUCAGCCAGUCGGACUGCACGGUGACCACCCAGAGCGGGCCGCGCGCCUUCCGGAUCCCCCCCUCCAUCCACCAGAGGAUCUGCGCCACCUUCGACACUGCCAACGCCGCGGGCAACGACUGGCAGCUGCUCGCCCGCAAGCUGCACCUGGACCGAAAUCUUGGUUACUUUGCGAAGCAGUCGAGUCCGUCCGCAGUCCUCCUCAGUCUGUGGGAGGCCAGGCACCAGGACAGCGCUGAUCUGGACUCUCUCGCCAGCGCUCUGGAAGAAAUCGGCAAAAUCCACAACACCAAAACCAACAACAAGGAGCACCGCCAGGAAGAAUCGGACUCUAACCACAUAGACACCGGAAGUUUGUGUCGAAUAGAACAACUCGGAACGCACGAAACGGAGGAGCAGGUGUCGGAAUAUACCGGAUAA